AUGCCUGCCAGUUGCUGCGCUAUCGACUGCAGUAAUCGUGGGGGUGGGAAAAAUCACCAUAAGUUCUUUCGAAUUCCGAAAGAGGAAGAUGUUCGUAAGAAAUGGAUUUUUGCCAUUCGCCGCAAAGACUGGAUACCAACCGAAUAUUCACGCAUUUGCAACAAGCAUUUUCAGAGAAGUCGUCCCUCAAAGGAUCCAAAUGAUGUGGACUUUGUGCCAAGUCUGUUUCCUUCAAAACAGAGAAUGCUGCUACCACAACAGAGAAUAAACAGACAGAACCGUUUGAAAGAGAGGCAAGAGAACGUUCAGCGCAGUGUAGCUGCAUCAGCUCUUCUGUCUAUUGCUAGUGUAAGUUCUCACUGAUGUAUUACUUUCAUGGAAUACCAUAUGCCUUUUAGUUUAGUGUAAGUAACAUUAAACUUUACAUACCAUAGUAAUCUUCCAGGGUGGGGCCUUGUGCUUUUAGCUUCUAAAUUUGAAAAAAGCCAA